ACUACUCCUCAACGUGAUGUGAAGAUACUUUGCUGUUUCACAACGUCAUAGAGAGAACAGUGACCGACGAUAUUUUUCUCACAGAAACGCAAAAUCCGAAGAACUCCUAAAACAAAACUAAAGAUGGAAACAGAGAAGAAGAAUAGCAAGAAUCUAGGGCUAAAGCAUCUUGGAUUCGUCAGAGUUGCAGCGAUCCAGCUUCUGGCUUCUGUCUCAAAUCUCUACGACUACGCCAAACAAAACUCUGGUUCUCUCAAAUCCGCCGUGGAAAAGGUUGAAGGAGCUGUCACCACCGUCGUCACCCCUGUUUACCACAAAUUCAAAGAUGUUCCAGAUUCUCUCCUCCUCUUUCUAGAUCACAAGGUUGGUGAAGCAUCUUACAAGUUUGAUAAGCAUGCUCCUCCGAUGGCUAAGCAAGUGGUGACUCAAGCACAUGUAUUGAUCUACAAAGCAACAGAGAAAGCUCAGAGCUUUGUGAAAGAGGCUCGAACCGGUGGUCCCAAAGCUGCGUUUAGCUAUGCUGCGACUGAGUACAAGUGUUUCGUUGUGAACAACUCGGUUAAAGUCUGGGCUAAACUCAACCACUACAAACCUAUUCAUGCAGUGGGAGAGAAAGCUUUACCAGUGGCUGCUAAAUUUUUCGGUAGGUACAACGAUUUGGUGACUGAUAUGUCUCAGAUGGGUUACUCUUUGGUUGGUUAUCUUCCAUUGGUCCCUGUUGAUGAUAUUGUCAAGGCUUAUGAGAAAGAAGAUGCUAAGCAGAAGAAAGGAGGAGAUACAGCUGCGACUACUGAUGGAAAGAAAGAAGAAACUGCAGCCACUACUGAUGGAUAUAAAUCAUCCUCUGAUUCGGACUAGGAUUGAAUCAUUGUAAUCGUGAAUUGGUUGUUGCCUGUGGUUUCUUGGGUUUGGUUACGUAUGUAAAUGAUCUUAGGACCUCUCCUUUUCCUUUUUAUCUUUUUUUGUUCAAUCACAAAACUUGGUCAAGCGUCUCUGUUCCUGGUGGUGUUAAAGUGGUGUGUGUUUUAAUCAUUUAACCAGAA